AUGGCGCUUAAACGAGUUCUGGUAGUGAAUAAAUCGUAUCCAGCCAUUGGUUUAGAAAUUUUGAAAAAGAAAACGGAACCUGUUGUCUUACCUUAUUUAGAUUACGAACCGGAGAGCUUGCCAGCGAUUAAGAAAGCCAUAACAGAUUGUGACGCUGUUAUAUGGAACACAAAACACCAACUUACAGGAGAAAUCCUGGAUCUAGCGGGUCCUCGUCUGAAGGCGGUAUCCACAAUGUCGUCCGGAACCGACCACAUCGAUUUGGACGAGGUUUUUAGUCGGGGAAUACCCAUCGGCAGCACACCCAACGUGCUUGACAACAGCGUGGCAGACAUUACAGUUGGACUCAUGAUAGCGGCUGCCAGGAGAUUCAAAGAGGGCGUCGAUGAGAUCGUGAGAGGCGAUUGGAAAUACGGCGUGCAGUGGACGCUGGGGCAGGACAUAGAAGGGAGUACCGUCGGCGUGGUGGGGUUGGGAGGAGUGGGGCAAGCGGUGGUGCGCAGACUGAAGGGCUUCGACGUCGCCAGGUUCUUAUACAGCGGACGGAGCGACAAGCCCGAAGCGCAAGCUCUUGGGGUGGAGCGUGUUCCACUGGAACAGCUAUUGAAGGAGAGUGAUUACGUCCUUCUCUGCUGCCCACUGACUAAGGAAAGCAAGCAUCUCAUCAAUGCCAACACUCUCAAACUUAUGAAGAGUAACGCUGUGCUCGUCAACAUCGGGAGGGGAGGCCUUGUGGAUCAAGAGGCUUUGUACAUUGCGCUUAAAGAAAGACAAAUAUUCUCCGCGGGCCUUGACGUGGUCACACCGGAACCGUUGCCAAAUGACCAUCCUCUUUUGAUGCUACCCAAUUGCUUCAUUGUGCCGCACUUGGGCAGUGCGACUAUUGCCACACGAAAUGCAAUGGCUACGAUGGCAGCCAACAAUAUACUUCAAGCUUUAGAGGGAAAACCGAUGAAACAUCCAAUAUCU